GAUGCCGUUGAAGAGCAGACAGAUCAGAGGCAGUACUCCAGUAGGUGUACCGCGCUUCUCCAAUCCAGUCCAGUUCAUUUCAGCCAAGCAAGAGGAGAAAGUGUGGCACUUUUGUCGAGAGCGUGAUAUCGCCGCACCGUCCUUCAUCCAACUCCACACAGCGUGGACAGUAGUAGCGACGACAGCAACUGCAAGUGUAAGCAGGAAGAAGUCCCUUGCGGUUAGUUUCCCUUCCCGUUGCAACGUGUUGAAGGUGCGACGGUUUACCCUACAGAUCCCGUGAGAUCCUUGAUCGGAGGAGCAGAUCGCUUGCUGAGCGUGUCUCUCACUCUCUUUCUCUACCACUACAAGGACGAAGUUGUUUUCGUGAGCCAUGCCCGCCCCGGAGCCCGUUGCGGAGCAGCCCCAGGCUGGAGAUGCCGGCGUUCAGGACGCAGGUGAUGUGAUCGAGCUGAUCAAGGGAGGACAGGAGCAGCCAGCAGCAGAGGCAGCACCAGCGGUUGCAAAUGGUGAUGGAGGAGAGGAGCAUGCCAAUGGAGAUGCAGCCACAGGACAGAACGGAGACGCAGAGGAACAGCAUGCUAAUGGAGAUGCAGCAGGUGAAGCAGAGCCAGUCACCGAGGAGGACCCAGCAGAUGAACUGGUUAGGUUGCGAUCAGAGAAUGCAGGCCUGAAGAAGAGAGUUGAGGAGCUUGAGAAGGAAGUCGAGUCAUCCAAGGCCAAGAAGAGAGGAGGAUUCUUCACUCGCAAGAAGAAGGCAUCCACGACUGACGGAGACGCUGCGGCAGCACCGGCCGAGGCCACAGCUGCAACCCCCGAGGAUGAAACGGCUCCAGCGGCGGAUUCAUCUCCUGAAGGCGAGCAGCCUGCAGCUGCGGCAGCACCAUCCGGAGGCGAGGAGCAAUCACCGGACAAGAAGCGGAAAAGCGGCGGCAUCAAGGACAAGCUAGGCAAGGCGUUCGGUCGCUUCCGUCAACCCAAAGGCUAUGAAGAGACACCCACGGAACAACCAGAGGCCGAUGCAGUUGCCACGCCGUUUGUGAUUCCCGAGCGUCAACAAGUAGAGUGGACGGUGGCCAAGAGCUUUGAGAAGGAGGAGGCACCAGCACCGGAAGAAGGAGCAGAAGGCGAAGCAGCAGCAGAGGGCGCCGAGCCAGCAAAGAGAGAUGCCGUAUUCAAGAACUGGACCGUGGAGCAAGUACGAGAAUGGCUCAUCGACCUUCAAUUAGAAUCAUACACCGAGACGUGCCAACUGACCGGCGAACAAAUGCUAGCGACUACCAAUGCUCAAUUUGAAAAGGAUCAUGGAAUCAAGAACCAAAUGCACCGCAAGAAACUUAGACUAACUUUGAAUGCCAUCGCAUCUGGCGAGGAUAUGCCCAGUGUGCUGUUUGACUGGGACAUCAAGGCCGUAGCAGAACUUCUCCAGUACAACGGAAUGCCGCAGUACGUCAUCGAAGCGUUCGUAGCCGACAGCGUAGACGGCCGAGUGCUCACCUUCCUGACCCCCGAUGACUUGACCGCCAUGAAGAUCCUCACACCGUUUGUACAGUCAGCAAUCAAGCGAGCGACUCAACUUCUUAGACAAAAUAAUUACACCAAGGACUACAUGAAGGUGUACGUCGAGCCAGAGCAAGAGCCAGAGCCCGAGGAGCCGGCAGCCGAAGCCGCAGCCGAAGAGGCAGAAGCAGCACCAGCAGAGGCUGCAGCUGCAGAAAGUGCCGAGGCUGCACCAGCGGAGGCCGCAGCCGCCAGUGAGGACAAGCCAGCUGAUGAAGGUGAGAAGACCGAGGGAGACAAGGCAGAAGCAGGCGCAGCAGCUGAGGGUGGCGAAGACAAGCCACAAGAAGAAGCCGCCGCGCCGGCUGAGAAAACCGAGGCAGAGGUUAAGGCCGAAGAGGAUGCACGUGCAGCAGAGGAGGCCAAGAAGAAGGACGAGGAAGAGCGAAGGAAGCAGGAGGCUGCCAAGGAGAGGCAGAGACGGCACUACCUGCGCUGCGCCGAGGCUCUUAGAGAGCAGAAGCCGCUGCUGACGUGGAGCAACUGCGAUGUGGUCGUGUGGGCGCGGUCCGUGGAGCUUGUCGACCUCUCACCCAAGAUCCUCGGCACUGGCUUGUCCGGAGCACUCAUGGUGUUGGACACGUGCUUCACCGGUGAAUCUCUCUGCUCGGUUUUGGGCAUUCCUGCCAAGAGCGCCCAGAAGGCCGACAUCAUUGCCAAGUUCAACGAGCUCGUCGGCGAGGAGGUUGUAGGAGAGAAGACGGAGGCUAGCAAGUGUGAUGGCUAUGCCGUGCUGAUUGCCGGCCAGAAGGCCAAGCGCAAGCGUAGCCUCUCCUUCAGCGGUGCCAUCCGCCGCCGUAACCGCAAUGCCAAUGCGGCCGCUCCUCAGCAGCACAGUCAGUUCCUGCUGACGUUCGAGGACGGAUCCGAGGUGUUUGUCUCGGCCCACAACACCGACUGCAGCACACCCAAGCCUGCACCAGUACCGGAGCCUGCCAAGGCCGAGGAGCCCAAGGAGGCUGCUGCAGAGGGUGCUGCUGCCGCUGAGGCUACUCCUGAAAAUGGCGAAGCCACUGCGGAGGCUAAGGAAGAUGCUUCUCCAGCUGAUGAUGAAAAGACACCUCUUGUUGAGGGAGAUGAAUCUGCCAAGCCUGCCGAGACUGAGGAGGCUGCUGCUGCUCCUGCUGCAGCCGCCGCCACUGAGGAGGAGGCCCCAAAGGAGGAGGCAGCCAAGGCUGAGGAAGCUGCACCCGCCGAGGAAAAGACGGAGGAGAAGCCAACUGAAGAGGUUGAGGUUGACAGCGAGGACCAGAAACUGUUGGAUGGCGGAGAAGCUACAUAAAGAUGCGUCAUACAUGUCUAUGCGGUCUGCCAUAGUCACAGCUGAUUGCACACAUCCGUACCUGUGGUCUGUAUACUGUGCCCGCGGCAUGACAUGCUGGUCAAUACAUAUUUCCCGUGCGCGCGCAUGAUUGCGAGAGAGAGUUUCUGUAUGCGCAUGUGUCCUCCUCUUCUUGCUCCCUCUGCUUCUUUUAUUGAGAUCGUACUAGGCUCUGCGUGCGAGAUAAUGUCCCCGUGUGUGUGUGUGUGUGUGUGUGUGUGUGUGUGUGUGUGUGUGUGUGUGUGUUUGUGUGUGUGUGUGUGUGUGACUUGCGUACUGUGUUUGGCAUGGUCAUCAUCAUCGUCGUCGUCGUUGUUCUCUGUGUAAAAAUGCCAGCGCAAGGAAACCCAGCGGAAUACAUGACGUGCAGCUGCAGUCGAGACAGUAAUUGUGAUGUGCACUGCACUGAGCGCAUACGCACAAGCUAGUCCAUUGUGUGUGAACACAGAGUAAACACAGAGAGUAAUCCGAACGGAUCAGGUUCAUAUUCCCGUCAUGCAUGCCACCACGUUCACUCUGCAUCUUGUAUGAUUGGCCAGUAUGACGUUGUACUAACGGCAAUCCCCACCUUAUUACAAGCACCCGGUAUUCCCGGGUCAACACACACCGAGAACACACACCGAGAAUGUGCAUGGCAAGACACAGUGGCUUCUGAUUUCAUUCCCAUUUUUUACCCUUUCCUUUUCACUAGAUCUUUUCGCAUUUCGUUUACCUGCCAUUUUUUCAUCAUGUUCUCUUUCGCUGGUUUACCACAACCUGGACAACACGACUGCCGUCCGAAUUUAGAUUAUUCCGCCCUAUGCAAUUAUCAGUAAUCAUCGAGGCUAGCAACUGGCUUUCAUAUCAUUCUGUUUUAGUGUUACCCGUCCUGGAUUUGCACACCCGUCCCGGAUUUUGCACAUGCCAGACCCAUGCUUUAGGUGGUCUGCUCCAAAAUUAAAUGAUUUAAAUUUA